AUGUCUCAGUUCAGCUUGGUGUCCUCUUCUCGUCUUUCAUCACCAUCAUCAUCAUCAUCCGACACUUCCUUGGAAUCAUCAGCACCAACAUUUGAAAAUUAUAAUUUCCAAAUUUACAGAGGAAAGAAGGAGGAACAUGAUAAAACCCAAUCAUUGAAAUCAUCUUCUCAAGAUUUUUUGGAACGUGUUCGUUCUAAUUACAGCCUUUCUCAGAGAGAGCUUGCCAUCACACUUGAUGAAAGUGAUCCAUUGAAGCACAUGAGAAAUGAAUUUAAUUAUCCCGAUAUGAUUCCAAGUGAGUACAUUCAAGAUGGUACCCACUGUGAGAACGGUCAUGACGAUUCAGAGUGCGUGAAAAAACGAGUCCUGUAUUUUUGUGGAAAUUCACUCGGAUUACAACCAAAAUUGUUGGCUCAUAACAUUGAAAAAGAACUCACCAAAUGGUCUCAUAUUGGUGUGGAAGGACAUUUCAGUUCUGCUUUUGGUACCAACAAAUGGUUCCAAGUGGAAGAAUCUGUCAAGAAUGCAAUGGCUAAAAUCGUUGGAGCGAAACCUAUUGAAGUGACAGUCAUGAACAGCUUGACUGCAAAUUUACAAGUUUUGCUCAUGGCUUUUUACAGACCUACUAAACAAAAAUACAAAAUUCUCAUUGAACAAUUUCCAUUUCCAAGUGAUAUGCAUGCUGUAACUUCUCACAUUAAAUGUAGAGUUGGAGAGUUGAGAGCAAUAUUUGGAAAUGAAAAUUUAACAAGUGAUGAAAUUGUGGAGAGAUGUAUUGUUCAAAUUGGACCACGUGAAGGUGAAGAAACACUUAGAACUGAAGAUAUUGUGAAUUGUUUGAAGAGUGACUCUAAUAUUUGUGUGUCAUUAAUUGGUGGUGUUCAAUUCAUGACUGGACAAUGCUUUGAUAUGAAGACAAUUGCCAAGACAUGUCAAGAGUAUGGAAUUAUGUGUGGUUUUGAUUUAGCACAUGCUGUUGGAAAUAUUGAUUUGAAAUUACACGAAUGGGGAUGUGAUUUUGCGUGUUGGUGUUCUUACAAGUAUCUCAACAGUGGUCCAGGUGGAAUUAGUGGAAUAUUUGUUCAUGAAAAGCAUGCUUAUGAGAAUAUGGAUGAACGUCCUCGUUUCAUGGGAUGGUGGUCUAGAGAUGCACAAACAAGAUUUUCCCUUUCCUCCAAGUUCAAUCCUCAACCAGGAGCAGCUGGUUUCCAAAUGUCAAAUCCAUGUAUUUUGAGCAUGACAGCAAUUUUAUCAAGUCUUAAAGUUUUUGAAAUGGUCGAAGAAAAUGGAGAAAUUAUGAGUGUUCUAAGAAGGAAAUCUGUCUUGCUCACGACCUAUCUAGAAUUGUUGUUGAGACAAGAGUUGGGAGACAAAAUUCACAUCAUAACACCCAGUGAUUCAAACAUGAGAGGUUGUCAACUCUCCAUCAGAGUGAUUGGUAAAAACUUGCAUCAAGUGGAUACUGCUUUGAAGAAGAGAGGAAUCAUUAUUGAUACAAGAGAACCUGAUAUUAUCCGAGUUUCACCUGUUCCACUUUACAAUCAAUUUAUUGAGGUGUUUGACUUUGUGAGUUAUUUAAAGGAAAUUUUGAAUGAACUUGAAUAA